GAGACAAAAAACUCCCUGUCCUUAGGUUUUCAGUCUUGUGGACUGAUCAUAUGUGUUGAAGGGUAGCAGUAGUCCAGACAAAUAAGCACCAACUACAUUCAGAUACCUAAGACCCUUUUAACUGUUAUCAACAGCCAUGAAGUACAGGACAGUGGUCAUGUAUAUGGAGAUAGGAUGUUUUGUUAUUUGCGUGUGUGGAUGGAUCCUUGUUAUUUCUACAAUGCCAAUUGAGACCUGGACCUGGUCAGAGGUAGAAAGCAUAGUUCUUACUACUUCUAACUACUUCUACAAUUUAUGGAAAAGCUGUGUCUCAGAUUCAACAGGAGUUUCUGACUGCAAGGGAUAUCCAUCGAUGCUUGCCCUUCAACUGUAUUUACAUUUGAGCCGUUCUCUGAUCAUCAUCGCAAUAAUCUUGGGAUUCUUUGGAGCCAUUCUUGCUUUAGUGGGAAUGAAGUGUACCAAGAUUGGAGGGACUGAAAUUAUUAAUGCCAGAGUGACAUUUGCAGCUGGAAUGAACUAUCUGAUUUCAGGAAUAUGUGCUAUGUUUGCUUUCUCCUGGUUUGGCGACAGGGUUGUGUCUGAAUUUAAAAACCCUAACUUCAAGGGACAAAAGUUUGAGUUAGGUGCAGGUCUGUUCAUAGGCUGGGGUGGAUCCUUUCUGUUGAUAUGUGGGGGCCUUGUCUACAGCAUCUUUGCAGGAAUAGAGGGCUGUAGAUCAAGCCCGGAGAAUACAGAUGUGCCAGUGUACACCACUUACCGUGCUCCCCUAUCAUAUGGUUAUUACUCACCUAAGCCGGCUAACACCUUGCCACCAUCCUCAAUCCCUGACAGAGAGAGCCGGAAGUCCAGAAACCCCAGCAGGAGCUCUGUCAGACCCACCAGUACAGACGCUUAUGUGUAGAGUUGAGAAGGCUCUCAAAACACAAGAAAAGAUGCCAAAUGCAAUAGUUCAAAAGAUGACAAUGAAGUGUAUUUGCAACUACCAUCUUUCCGAAUAAAACUGUAUUGUUAAGA